AUAUGUAAUAUACCGUGUAGUAUAUAAUAAUAUUAUAAAUAAUUGUUGCGAUAGGCGGAUAGGGUAUCGGAAUAAUACACGAACAAUAGUCUUAGCUAUUAACAAGUACCGAUUUAUUAUAAGUGAAUAGGCGGAUCACACUUGUGAACGCACGGGACGACACACGAGAAGUGAAAAGCAUGAACAGGGUACCAAGUGUACCGAUCAUUUUGAAGACGACGUGGACCAAUAGAAAUUAAGCACGUUCAAUUACGUCAUCAGAAAAACAAACAAAACCUAUCCACGUCGUACCAUCAGAAUAGAUAUACGUACAUACAUAACGACGAUGAUGAGAAGCAUCAAAAUACGCGAAACUAUAUUCUAAUAGUCCAACAAUAAUAAUAAUAAGAUUUUCAAAUUCUUUCAAUGCUUAAUUAUUUAUUUAAUUAAUUAUUUAUUAUAAAAUGCGGACAUUUCUGCACAAUAUUGUGGAUGAAAAUCUGUGAAAACUGUGAGAAUUGCAAAACUCAUAUAAAUAUAAAUCAUAUAAAAGUAAAAUAUUGCAAAUACUAAUGUAUAUAUGUCUCGAAUGUAUGAGGUACAGGUAAAAGAGACCCUGCUUUUGUCUCUUGUUCGAGCAAUUCUAGAAUGUGCAUGUGGGGCAAACAGGUCAUGAAAACACCAUUACAAACUAGCCCCAACCGUUUUCUCAUAGUCAGUUUUCUUACAAACACAGAUCUGUAUAGACGUCUCUGUAUAUUCUGUGCGUGUCAGAAAUUAGUUUUACAAAUGGAACAAUCAAGUGUAAUCCCAUCAUUAAUGGAAUAUAUCCAAGCAUUGGCAAAAUGUGAUAUAUCAAAAGAGGAUUUAACUGAUAGUGUUGCAUAUUUUCGAGGUAAAUAUGUUGUUAUUAUUACAAACUAAUGUAUAAUGUAGUAAUGUUAAAUUUUUUUGUCCAGAAUUAUUAUUACAGUUUGACUUGAUUUAUGCCGAUCCACCCCAAAAAUUUACUAUAUUAUCAAAAGAAGUUGGUGGAAAAGUAUUUGAAAACUUUAUUAAAAUGCUGAGAAAAUGUACAAUCAUGGAGGACGUUGAAUAUUUUUUGCCCGACUCGCAACCAAGUACAGAAGAAGAAGAAUCGGAGAAACCUUCAUUAUCCACAAGUGAUGAAGAAUACAUGCAACCUGCAAAAAUCUCCACUUUUGAUAGAGUAUCGUUUGAUACAAAAUUAAAAAUUGUUAUGACUGCCAGGGAACAUCCAAAGUGGAGUUUCAAAACAUUACAACAACGCUUUAAACAGGAUUUGCGACAUAAUAGUGAUGUAGUGCGAUUUAGGAACGAAAUUUUAUCAGGUGGUACAUUUUUUGACAAAAUUGAGACUGUUAAAAAGAAUGUGUACGAUCGAUUUGUUGAAGCACGAGAUUCGAAACAAUUAAUUACAAGACGGCAAUUGCAACAGUGGGCUAUGGCUGCUGCUACCCAAUAUCGAGUUGAUCCGAGUACAUCAAGCAGUACAGACGAAGAAAAUCAAUGCACUUUUCGAUUUGUUGCAUCUCCCAGAUGGUUAACCGAUUUUUUAACUAAUUACAGAGAACGUGAAAUAUUUUAUAACGUAAAUCAAUUAUGUUUUCCUUCAAAUUUACACAACAUAAAAUGUAUUUGUCAAAAAACUAGUUCCUUUAUAAAAUGUUCAUGGUGUGCGACCUGUUUGUGUUUUAAAUGUUUUUAUAUUGAUUUUCAUCCACAACAUUGUGCAGAAAUGUCCGCAUUUUAUAAUUGUGGCGAUUAUAUGGCCACAUACGUCAUCGCCUAGACGGUCGGCAGUAUCGCGCGGCUAGACUCAGGCGAGGCAAAUAGACCGAAAAACACGUCGUCAAAAUAAACAGAUUAGCGGAUAAUAGACUAGACCGUUAGAUAGGGAAUCCCCAAUGAGCCGUUGCAGAUUUGCAAGUGUUCCGCGAAAUGUCGGGGGAUUCCGUACCGACGACCGUGACGAGACAUACGCGCGGCGGCUGAAAGUGUGGUGAUCGCGUCAUGGAGGCGCGGGUCACCGAAAGAAGCAGGGCGCGAUAAAUAGGCGGAACGAUUCCUCCCGUAGGAAAUUCAAAAGGACCUUCGAGAGGUCCUACGAAACAAACAGGCUCGUGAGAGUAGGCUUUCGACGACCAAGAGGUCGACAAAUAAGGGAUUCGACUGGUAAUCGUCUACGCGAGCGGACGUGUCUUUGUAUAUUCGGACUCAGAAUACAAUUCGGGCUGUGCUCAUUAUACACCGAGCAAAUAUUAUAAUCUUUUAAUUACACCCGAUCCGCUC